AUGACGGUGUCAUUAGGCAUAGCGCUUGUCCCGGAUGAAGUGUUGCAGAGUAUUGAUGAUGACACAGCUGUGUACUGCGCUUCAGAUGAAAUGGCAUCCUUGGAUCUAACCCGUGAAUUGUUGGCAACGCUACAAAAGGCAACGAGUGAUGGGACACUAGAAUCGCAGCUCUCGUGCGUCGGUAGCUCGGGUCUUUCCGGCAGAUCCCCCACCGCUGUGGAAGUUGUGCAGAACUGCUGUUGUAGGUGGUGGGAAUGCCGGGCAGAGGUGGAGGAGGCGUUUCUGCAGCUGUACUAUACUAUUCAUACAGUUACGGUGGUGAUGGCACCAGAAAAUGGUGCCGCACCAAUCCUUAACUUUCUCGCAGACCUGUUUGCUGGCGUUCCAGGCACAGUGGGUGUGGAACGUUUGGCGGAGGCGCUGCAGGUGGAUAAGAGUUGGCUGGCUUUCGCUAACGUACCUGGGCUGCCGUCGACACAAUUGCAAAAGGAAGAGGCGAAGCAGCUCCCCCUGGGCAUUUCGCUUCUGAAGCAGAUCCUUGACUCGUUUUGCGUCGUGACAGACGAGAAGUUGCCCGCUUACCUCUACUGCACGCUUCAGCCACUGUUUUGUGAGAUGAAGCCCUGUUGGUUGCUCAAUGGGUUUUUUGCUGACACGCCGCUUCGGCUUGUGGGAACAGAGGAAGCGCUGAAACGUGCGAAGAAUCGACUCGAAUUGCAUGCGUCAUCGCUGCGCUUUCUACUUAAGUUGGCGGAAGAGGAUUCUGACUGCAGCGACUCUGCAACAGCGUUGGAGCAGAAAAAACAACUGGAAGAAAUGUUAUUAUGUGUGACAGCCAUGCAAUCUGCAUUUACAGAAAGUUGGAUCUGUGAGCAAGUUUCCAGCGGAUGGCCACGUGUCGUGGAGGAUGUGCGAAAAAUUAUUUCCAGCGCUGACAAGACGGUUUUGGGUGGUUUGCCGGAGGAAAUUAUGGCGGCCUUUGAUGCAUUGCUCCAGUUAUCACCCCAUCGUGUCAUGGAUCACAUUGUGCACUGCUUCCUGCUGCCGCUGUCAUCAGGGUUACUCGACAAUGGUGUGGGGGGGACGAAGCUGGAUGAUGAUGCGCCAACAGUCGCUGCAGCAGUUGGUGCCUCCUUUGACGGUAUGUCGCUUGAGGAGGUGGAGUACCUGCUGCAGCCAUCUGACCCGGAUGAGACAUCAACAAUAGAGACUGAUGGUGAUACAGUUUCGGCACGAAUAUACUUGCACUUUUAUCGUACCUUUAAAAUGUUGAUGCGGGCGUGCGGUGUUCAAAAAGCUCAAGUGGUGGUGAUGCUGUGGCCGUUCUUCGAUCUGCAGACAUCCCCUUUUCUUCGUACUGUGCCCCCUGCACGGUUAGAAACGAUGCUGCGGUGUCAUAGUUACGCCCUCUUUGACGCGUUGGAGGGGGCACCAUGUGGAACUACGGCGGCACUGUUACUAGGCGGCGGUUGGGUGCGUACGGCAAGAGAUCACUUUGCGCAAUGGCUCUCAGAGAGAGACGGUAAGAAAGGGCAGUUUCCCACAGUUAUCUUUAAACAGCUUUGGAAGGAAGGCGAUAACGGUAAAGCAACGACCAGCGCUCAGCAGGCGUUGUGCAUUCCUCUGCUCCGGCGCAUUGUUACUGGAUGCUGCGGCACUUUGGUGAAUACAAAAGUGGCGGUUCUUGUCCCAGCUGGGGGCGCAACUGUUCUUUCCCGGCGAUAUAGUGUGUUUCCGCUGAUGCGGCAUGUGAGAUGUGCCAGGGAAAAAGGAACUUUUGACGAACCACUGGGCGAUGGAAUUCACAAGCUCCACCGUAAGAUGAUUGAGGCGACAAGUCGCCCUUUGCUUGCGGCACUGCUACAAGGCACUCUGAUGCCAGUGCUUUCGUACUCUGCCUGUGGUCCUGUUCCGAUUUCGUUCGUGUCUGACGGUGUGGACGGCGGUCGCACAUGUUAG